AUGCAGUGCGCCAUCAAGAAAGUCAGCGAUAAAGCCACAGCCCCGGUGGAAAUCGCGAUUUCGACAACUGCCUCAGCUCCCCGAUAUGCUGACUGUAGAGAGAGUUAUGAUGCCGGGAUACAGUAUGAUGCCGUGAUCACUAUCUACCCACCGCAAUAUCCAAACGGCUUGGCCGUUUAUUGCCAUUUAGGUUUGGUGGUGAUUCAGAAACGUAUAGACGGGUCGGUGAAUUUCACCCGUAGCUGGGCCGAGUACCGAAGCGGCUUCGGUGAUCUGACGGGGGAGUUCUGGCUUGGCAACGAGAUAGUACGCCAGCUAACCUCGGAAGGCACUUGGCAACUGCAGAUAGUUGUAGGUGGUGGAGGCGGCAAGUCACUGACUGACGUUCACUCAGGCCAGCCGUUCUCAACCUACGACCGCGACAAUGACGCCGAUGGCAACGCCAAUUGUGCCGCUCAGCUGAAGGGAGGCUGGUGGUUCAAGACUUGUACUGGAGGAGUCUGGAAUGUGGAUCUCGUGCCGACUAACCUGAAUGGGGAGUAUUCUAUCCCGUCAACUACACGGGGCAAGAUUACCGCGGUAUGA